UUGGAUGACUCGAAACAAGAAUCGAACAAAAGACUAAUUAUUAAGUUAAUCAUUUUAAGCUCUCUAAGUGUAAUUUUAACUUAUUCAUUAACUUGUAAUGGAGGAUAGUAGUAGUCCUGAUGAGCAUGAAUUUCCUGGGUUGUACGAAAAGAAUAGAAAAAAUCCACCAGAAGAAAAUGAAUCGAAUUCAUCAGAAAAUUUUGAAAAACAGAAAAAAUCAGCUAAAAAAGAUAAAAAGGAUAAAUCAGACAAAAAAGAUCGCCAGUCAUAUGAAGCAUUAGGUGCGGAUAGUGAAGAUGACAAUGAAUCUGGUGGAAGCAAAUUGUUCAGAAGUCCUUCAAAAUCUAAAAAGUCAAAAACAUUCAAAUUCCCAUCAGCCAAGAAAACUGAAAAGAGAGAAAAAUCAGUUGAAAUAAAGGAAGUGAUUGAGGUAAAGGACAAAAAGUCUAAAGAAAAACACAAGGAUCAUAAAGAUGAUAAGAAAAAGGACAAAAAGGAUAAAAAGGAGAAGUGCAAAGGUGGAAGUUCCAUAGACGUCGCUUUUGAAAUUGGAGAUAUUCAACCAAUCUUUGGUGUCUCAUUAGGUUUGGCUGUAGAGAGAUCUCGUUGUCAUGACGGUGUUAAAAUUCCUUUGGUAGUCAGAAAUUGUAUUGAUGUCAUUCAAGAAAAUCUACAAUCAGAACAAGUUUAUAAAGUUGAAGGUGUAAAAGCAAGAAUCCAGCAUUUAAAGAAGUGCUACAACAAUCGAGACACUUACAAUGAAGAACUGGAUGUUCCUACAGCAUCAAGCUUAUUAAAAGCUUAUUUACAGGAACUUCCAGAACCAAUACUCACAACUGAACUUAUUACUCGAUUUGAAGAAGCUUCAGCAUUACCAGAUGUCACGGAGCAAGCAAAAGAGCUUGAACAACUCAUUGAUCAACUCCCAAAAUGUAAUCAAAUCUUGCUUGCGUGGCUCAUGAAACACUUUUCAGCAGUCAUCAGUACUGAAUCCAAUAAAUUAAACGCCCAAAGCUUGGCAGUCUUACUUUCACCUAUUUUACAAUUAUCACACCGUUUAAUGAUAACGCUUCUUUGUCAUGCCGAAACCCUCUUUGCUGAUGUACUUUUGCAAAAAUAUGUUCCGCCAAUCCAUGCAAGUACAAGUCCAAAUCUACCAGAAACAGUUGAAGACAUUCAGCUGGAACUGAGAAAGCAAGAAAGUUUAUUGAAUCAAAUUCAUUCUGAAAUGAAUGCGGGUUUUGUGACCAAAAAACGUGAGGAAGAGCUGUGGGAAACGCAAAGAAUCAUAACACAGCUAAAGCGCAAGUUGCGAACAUUUGAGAAGAAACAAGAUUCGAUGCAAAAAAGCAUGGAUACAGAUGCCAUAGAGGAAGCUAUUGAUUUCACAUUACGACGACCUGAUGAUGAUGAUCAAUCGAAGAGAGAAACAAUGACGACGAGUGACCCAAUUGUUUCCAGUGAUGAGCAUAAAGAAAAUGAUACGAUACAGACGAAUGAAUCAUCGAUUGGAGAAACAAUUUAUAUUGCUGAGAAUGGAUUGUAUAUGCUGCCCAAAGAACAUCCCGACUAUCACACACUGAUACGGUUACAGCUUGAAAAUCAGGAACUAAUGAGUUGGAAGCAGCAGCUUCAGACUAGAAUUAGUGCAGAAAGAGCAGAAUGCGUAAAACUGAAGCGUAUGCUGGAGACUCAACCUCAAGUUGCCAAUAAUGUUGAACAUCAAACAAGCUUAACAGCUGAUGAUCCCGAAUUCGAUAGAAUUGUCGAGCACUAUAUUAAAGAGAAUGCAUUGCUAGAGCAGAAAAGGAUACUGCUAGGAAGAGAAAUUGUGGAGGAGAAUCUCGCGCUUAUUCAGCUUCAAGUUGACUUGGCAAUGAAACAAAUUAUCCAUUAAAUAUUUUAAAUGUGAUUACGAUUUUAUUAGAUGUACGAUGAUAAAUAAUUGUGGAUGUGCUUGUGGAAGUUUUUAGUGGCUUUGAAGCAAAAAUAAUAACUAAUUAUAGAAAUUUGUGGCACAUAUUGACAAAAAAAAUUUUAUAAAAAUUCCAAGGGACU